CAGAUAAAGAGUGCAUCAAAUGUGUCAGUGAUUCGUGACUCACGAACCGCACACUCACGCAGACACUGCACGCAAUUAGUCCAGUGAUUGUCGGUGGUGUUGGUCCAGUGCUUCAUAAUCAUCGCAAUGGUGGUGAGCAAUGGUGAUCAGCCCGUGGCGGACGUGGUCUUCCUAGUCGAGGCGACCGCUAAUCUCAGCCCUUAUGUCGAAAGUCUUAAAACCAAUUACAUUAUCCCAACUCUCGAGUACUUCAGUGGCGGACCUCCUGACGAACGCGACUAUGGCUUCGAUAACAAUGUAUUCACUCUUUUAAUGAUUCAAAUGACAUGA